GUCACGCCUAUAUGUAGAUACUACCAUGAUAUUAUAAAAUGCAAAUCUUAAUUUCGCGUCACGAAUAGUAGUACCACCUUGAGAAGUCGGCGAGUAGAAAUCGAGUCAUUCGUCUAGUAGAGUUUUAAUAAGCAGGUUCUUUCUCGUCCGAGUGCGUCUGAUUAAAAUUAUUAAAGUGCUAUGUCGCUGACAAAGAGAAUUUCCUACGAAGAGGAAAAGAAGAAAAAUCCCAAAUUGAAAGAUUCCGAUAUACAAAUCCUAAAGGACUGGUCCACGAAACAGCCGCAUCUUCCAAAAAUUUUAGACGUUGAAUAUGUAUUAUUCUUACAUAGCAAUUAUUAUCUUAUCGAAGCUGCUAAGAACACCAUCGAAGAAUAUUACACUUCCAGAACUCACAUGCCAGAAUUUUUCUCCGACAGAGAUCCACUUGGAACGAAGCAAUUGCGAGAAACAUUCAACGUUGUGGCGGAGAUGACACUAUCAAUGCCAACGAAGGAAGGAUACAAAAUUAUUUAUGGGAAACUAACAGAUUUUGAACCGUCGCAUUUUGUUUAUAACGACAUAAUGAAGUACUUUUCUAUGAUGAUGGACUUAUGGUUAUACACCGAAGGAACCGCCGAGGGUCAUGUAAUUGUUAUAGACAUGAUAGGUGUUACCUUCGCUCAUGCUGGCCGUCUCAGUCCCAUGGGAAUCAAAAAGUAUCUUCAUUAUUUACAAGAAGCUAUGCCAAUCAGACUUAAAGGUCUGCACUUUAUUAACACCAACGCAGUCAUGGAUAUCAUCUUGUCAAUGAUGAAGCCGUUUAUGAAGAAAGAAUUAAUGGAUGUGUUACAUAUUCAUACUACUCCAAAGGACACGCUGGCAAAGUUUUUGCCACUGGAAGCAUUCCCAUGCGAUAUAGGUUUAGGUGGAAAAGCUAGACCGUGGAAAGAACAACAGGAGGAGUAUUUAAAGAAGCUGGAGAAUCAUCGUGAAUGGUUUCUGCAAGACGAAGUUACGGGUCGUGUAAACGAAGCUUUAAGAGUAGGCAAAAGCAAAACGAUGGAUAUGUUUGGAGUCGAGGGAAGUUUCAAAAAAUUAGACAUAGAUUGAUUUCUUUCAUUGAAGUCGAAAAUAACCGAAUACAACUUUUCUUAAAAUAUAUUUAACACGAUCACAAGAAAUAAAUAAAAAUGUAAUGCUUAUAACUUAUAACGAUAACAUUAACGGUGACGGUGACAAGUAUAGUAAUUAUCAAAAAUUUCAUUACAGUUCAUUUAUUGGCAAUUGAUUAAAUAAUUUUGCCAAAAUAAUUUACUUGUCUCAAACAUUUAUAUGUCUCGAAAAUUAAAGAUUUUGUUCCAAAUAAUAUGUGAUUACAUUAUGAUAAUCACAAUACAAUAUAUAAGUUACAAGCUCUCUAAAAAAACAUGAUAUAAUAUUAGUGCACAUUAACUAACAUUUAAAACAUUAAUAAUACGCUUCAAUUUCAAGCAUAAUCGGAGUAUUAUAUUCAAAUACUAUAUCAAAUAACAUUAACAUACGGCGGAGAUGUAAUUAUAUAAAAUUGCAAUGUAAUCUCGUUAUUAGGCCAUCAAUUUAAUCAAAAGCGAAAUUUUUUAUUCAAAGUCUUGAACUUUGAUAGAUAUUUUUAAUCACGGCACUAGAAUCUCACGACGCAACCUGUCGAUGUAUUAGUAAUUAGAGAAAUGGAGAAGUUGAUUCUCACUGCAUUUCUUAUUAUAAUUACAAAUCUCAAUAAUACGUGUCUUAAUCAUUAUUAGAUUUAAAUGGAAUACAUUUUAACGUAGCAUAGUAGAUUUAUUCCACGGUCAAUUUAGUUCCUAGAAUCACUAGACACGAUUUCUUUGUAAUCUAUAAUAUUUCAACCUGUUACGUUAAAAAGGAAUAAAAGGAGUUAACGUAUACGACAUAAUGUAAUGUAAUAAUUCUACUAACGUUUCGUGCCGCUGAUGUCUACCACUGAUUAGACAUUUUUCAAUCGAACCAUCUCUAAUAUUUUUAAUAUUUUGGAGUGUAGAAUAGUUAUGAUAUAAUGUGCCUAUUCUAAUUGCAAGGUUGGAAAGUAACGCGUUACCUGUAACGUCGUUACCGCUACAGUUACUUUCUUUUUGAUAAUUUUUGAUAACGAAUGGACGUUACAUUUUCUCAUUUGUAACGUUCAUGGUAACAUAGUUAUAUUUUGUCAGUAACGGUAAUGAUUUUAGUAGUUACUUUCAUCGUUACUUUAUCGCGCGUGAAAUUUUCACUAUAUAAGUUGCAUUCAGGAAAUAAAGUAGUCCAGUGAUCUU